AUGAAGGACUCCCCCUGCUCCUUUUUCCUCUGCUCCCUCCUCCUCCCUCCCCUGUCCCCUCCUCCCUGGUCCCUACCUUUCCUGCUCCCCACUCCCCGGUCCCAAUCUCCCCUGCUCCCUACCUCCCGUGCUCCCUACCUCCGCUGCUCCCUCCUCCCCGCCCCCCUACCUCCCGUGCUCUCUACCUCCCGUGCUCCCUACCUCCCUUGCUCCCUACCUCCACUGCUCCCUCCUCCCCGCUCUCUACCUCCCGUGCUCCCUACCUCCACUGCUCCCUACCUCCACUGCUCCCUCCUCCCAGCUCCCUACCUCCCGUGCUCCCUACCUCCCGUGCUCCCUACCUCCACUGCUCCCUCCUCCCCGUGCCCUACCUCCCGUGCUCCCUACCUCCACUGCUCCCUACCUCCCGUGCUCCCUCCUCCCCGCUCCCUAUCUCCCGUGCUACCUACCUCCACUGCUCCCUCUUCCCCGCUCCCUACCUCCCGUGCUCCCUACCUCCGCUGCUCCCUCCUCCCCGCCCCCCUACCUCCCGUGCUCUCUACCUCCCGUGCUCCCUACCUCCCUUGCUCCCUACCUCCACUGCUCCCUCCUCCCCGCUCUCUACCUCCCGUGCUCCCUACCUCCACUGCUCCCUACCUCCACUGCUCCCUCCUCCCAGCUCCCUACCUCCCGUGCUCCCUACCUCCCGUGCUCCCUACCUCCACUGCUCCCUCCUCCCCGUGCCCUACCUCCCGUGCUCCCUACCUCCACUGCUCCCUACCUCCCGUGCUCCCUCCUCCCCGCUCCCUAUCUCCCGUGCUACCUACCUCCACUGCUCCCUCUUCCCCGCUCCCUACCUCCCGUGCUCCCUACCUCCACUGCUCCCUCCUCCCCGCGCCCUACCUCCCGCGCUCCCUAUCUCCCGUGCUCCCUACCUCCACUGCUCCCUACCUCCACUGCUCCCUACCUCCUGUGCUCCCUACCUCCAAUGCUCCCUCCUCCCCGCUCCCUACCUCCCGUGCUCCCUACCGCCACUGCUCCCUCCUCCCCACUCCCUAUCUCCCGUGCUCCCUACCUCCCGUGCUCCCUACCUCCCGUGCUCCCUCCUUCCCGCUCCCUACCUCUACUGCUCCCUCCUCCCCGCUCCCUAUCUCCCGUGCUCCCACCUCCCCGCUCCCUAUCUCCCGUGCUCCCUACCUUCCGUGCUCCCUACCUCCCGUGCUCCCUACCUCCACUGCUCCCUCCUCCCCGCUCCCUACCUCCCGUGCUCCCUACCUCCACUGCUCCUUCCUCCCCGCUCCCUACCUCCCGUGCUCCCUACCUCCCGUGCUCCCUACCUCCCGUGCUCCCUACCUCCACUGCUCCCUCCUCCCCACUCCCUAUCUCCCGUGCUCCCUACCUCCCGUGCUCCCUACCUCCCGUGCUCCCUCCUUCCCGCUCCCUACCUCUACUGCUCCCUCCUCCCCGCUCCCUAUCUCCCGUGCUCCCUCCUCCCCGCUCCCUAUCUCCCGUGCUCCCUACCUUCCGUGCUCCCUACCUCCCGUGCUCCCUACCUCCACUGCUCCCUCCUCCCCGCUCCCUACCUCCCGUGCUCCCUACCUCCACUGCUCCUUCCUCCCCGCUCCCUACCUCCCGUGCUCCCUACCUCCCGUGCUCCCUACCUCCCGUGCUCCCUACCUCCACUGCUCCCUCCUCCCCGCUCCCUACCUCACGUGCUCCCUACCUCCCGUGCUCCCUACCGCCACUGCUCCCUCCUCCCCGCGCCCCAUCUCCCGUGCUCCCUACCUCCACUGCUCCAUCCUCCCCGCUCUCUACCUCCCGUGCUACCUACCUCCACUGCUCCCUCCUCCCCGCUCUCUACCUCCCGUGCUUCCUACCUCCACUGCUCCCUACCUCCACUGCUCCCUCCUCCCAGCUCCCUACCUCCCAUGCUCCCUACCUCCCGUGCUCCCUACCUCCACUGCUCCCUCCUCCCCGCGCCCUACCUCCACUGCUCCCUACCUCCACUGCUCCCUCCUCCUCGCUCCCUACCUCCUGUGCUACCUACCUCCACUGCUCCCUACCUCCACGGCUCCCUCCUCCCAGCUCCCUACCUCCCGUGCUCCCUACCUCCCGUGCUCCCUACCUCCACUGCUCCCUCCUCCCCGCGCCCUACCUCCACUGCUCCCUACCUCCACUGCUCCCUCCUCCUCGCUCCCUACCUCCUGUGCUACCUACCUCCACUGCUCCCUCCGCCCCGCUCCCUACCUCCUGUGCUCCCUACCUCCACUGCUCCCUCCUCCCCGCGCCCAUCUCCCACGCUCCCUAUCUCCCGUGCUCCCUACCUCCACUGCUCCCUACCUCCUGUGCUCCCUACCUCCAAUGCUCCCUCCUCCCCGCUCCCUACCUCCCGUGCUCCCUACCUCCACUGCUCCCUCCUCCCCGCUCCCUAUCUCCCGUGCUCCCUACCUCCCGUGGUCCCUACCUCCACUGCUCCCUCCUCCCAGCGCCCUACCUCCACUGCUCCCUACCUCCUCUGCUCCCUCCUCCCCGCUCCCUACCUCCCGUGCUACCUACCUCCACUGCUCCCUCCGCCCCGCUCCCUACCUCCUGUGCUCCCUACCUCCACUGCUCCCUCCUCCCCGCGCCCUACCUCCAAUGCUCCCUCCUCCCCGCUCCCUACCUCCCGUGCUCCCUACCUCCACUGCUCCCUCCUCCCCAUCUCUCGUGCUCCCUACCUCCCGUGCUCCCUACCUCCCAUGCUCCCUAUUUCCCAUGCUCCCUACCUCCCGUGCUCCCUACCUCCACUGCUCCCUACUCCCCACCUCCAUUGCUCCCUCCUCCCUUGCUCCCUACCUCCCGUGCUCUCUACCUCCCGUGCUCUCUACCUCCCGUGCUCCCUACCUCCACUGCUCCCUACCUCCACUGCUCCCUCCUUUCCUCAAAACAGCUCUCUCUCUGAAGUUCAGUUCUCUAACCUAA